AUGAAAAUUCAGGAUCGUGUGAUACUUAAUGAUUUAAUUAAAUAUUACGAACCUGCCAUGUAUGUUCCGGAGGACAUAAGAAAUUUUCACAGGCGUCGAAGAAGAGGAAUCGAUGGUGUCCCCUUUAACAAACCCUUGAGAAUCAGUUUUAAAGCUCACGACAGAGAAUUUAAUUUAAUUUUAAGAACAGACGACAGAAUAUUUGCCGAUGAUGUCGUUUUCGAUGCGACGUCACGUUCGGUCAUGUACGACACUCAAAGGGUAUACACUGGAGUGCUGGAAGGUGAAGAAGGUUCUUUGGUUCAGGGUAUAGUGACCAAAGAUGGACUUUUCGACGGAACUAUAUUUUCAAAAAAUGAAAUUUUUUACAUAGAACCCGUUUCGAGGUAUACGCCGUCCAAUAACGAACAACACCAAAAUUUCACGUCUUUGCCCCAUCAAAUCCACACGAUCAUUUACAAGACGACCGAUGUGAAAAUCCCUCCAUCUUUAAACAAAACAUGUGCCUCACAAAAUUUAUACUUAUCUAGAAUAAAGCAAAAUACUAACGACGAAUCCAUUGGUUAUUCUGGAAAGGGGAAAAGGUUUCUCAGGCACGAAAAAAAUGGUGGUGAUCGUUACCGUAGUAGUAAUGUUAAUAAUAAUGAUUAUUACGAAUACGAUAACGAUGGUGAUGACGAUGACGACGAUUAUAAUAUUAGUAAUAAUUAUAAUAAUAAUAAUAAUAAUAAUAAAAAACGUUUUUUAGAAAAAAUUUUAGAUAGAAGUGAAAAUAAUAAAAAUUCUACCGUUACGCGUCAUAAAGAAAAAAAAAAAAGUACAAAAAAAAAUGGCGUUUCUUCUAGUCUUCCCGUUGUUGUUAGUAGUCACGAUGGUUUAAGCAAAUCAAAUAUAUUAAAAACUUAUUUUAAUUCGGACGAAUACGAUCGGACUCGUAGGAAAAAAAAAGUGAACGAUAACGGUUUCGUCGAUGUUUUUAAAUACCGACCGAAAGUUCAGUUAAACGAUUUUAAAAUAAUUACAAAUAAUAAUAAUAAUAAUAACAACAAUAUGGUGAACCGGCCUAAAAUAAUAACGAAAUCCCAAGGGAAGAAUAAUGAGUCAGAAAACGAAUCGUUGAAACACGUGAUUAAAAGAGCAACGAUUGAUCCGAAGAAAACUACCUGCAUGCUGUACCUGCAAGCUGAUCAUUUAUUCUAUCAAAAAUACGGUACGGAAGAAGCUUGCAUAGAAGUCAUGACGAGACACGUUCAAAGAGUCAAUUCGAUAUAUAAAACGACGGAUUUUAAUCAGGAUGGUAAAAGCGACAACAUAAGUUUCAUGAUAAAAAGGAUUAAGGUUCACACCGUCGAAUCGAGUAAAGAUCCGAGUUAUCGUUUUCCCGGAAAUUACGGAGUGGAAAAAUUUCUCGAAUUGUUUUCCGAAGAAGAUUACGAUGCUUUUUGUCUCGCUUACAUGUUUACGUAUCGAGAUUUCGAAAUGGGUACUUUGGGUUUGGCUUGGACGGGUGAUUUGAAAAAUGCCGGAGGAGUCUGUGAAAAAAAUGGACAUUAUCGUGGAAGUUUGAAAAGUCUCAACACGGGUAUCGUCACGUUAUUAAAUUAUGGAAAACACGUACCUCCAGCAGUGAGUCACGUGACUUUGGCCCACGAAAUCGGUCAUAAUUUUGGUUCUCCGCACGAUCCGGAAUCUUGCACUCCUGGAGGAGAGGAUGGAAAUUACAUAAUGUUUGCAAGAGCAACUUCCGGAGACAAGAAAAAUAAUAAUAAAUUUUCGCCUUGCAGUUUGAACAGCAUCAAUCCUGUACUUAAUACCAAAGCCAGAAGUCAAAUGGGAUGUUUCACGGAGCCGCAAGUUGCCAUUUGUGGAAAUGGCGUCGUGGAAGCUGGAGAAGAUUGCGAUUGCGGGUGGGAAGAAGAUUGUAGAGAUUCUUGCUGUUAUCCCCAACGACGAUAUCCACCUCCGGGAGAGCCUCCCUGCAAGCUCACUCCCAACAGUAUAUGCAGUCCCUCGCAGGGACCCUGUUGCACUUCCGAAUGUCAACUUAAAUUCGGAGAUAAAUGCAGAGACGACAACGGAUGUCGUGAUUCGAGUUAUUGCGAUGGUCGAUCCGCGUCUUGUCCUCCAUCAGUCAAUAAACCCAACAAAACGAUUUGCAACGACGAAUUCGUUUGUUUCAUGGGAGAAUGUACCGGAUCCAUAUGUCUUGCCUACGGUUUGGAAUCGUGUCAGUGCAUGCCAGGGCCUAAAGAUUCGUCGACGAAGGCUUGCGAAUUAUGUUGUAAAAAACCUGGAGAUGAUCAGCCUUGCAUUUCUUCGUUCGAUUGGAACGAUGCGCCCUACGACGUACCCGAUAUGUUUUCCAAACCCGGUACACCGUGCAACGAUUACAAUGGUUAUUGUGAUGUCUUCCAAAAAUGUCGCGAAGUCGAUCCGAGCGGUCCACUCGCGACUCUAAGAAAAUUAUUAUUAUCAGAAGAAAGUUUAGCGAUAUUUAAAAGAUGGGUAACCGAACACUGGUACACGGUUUUGGCAAUCGUCGUGUCGAUACCAUUUUUAUUGGCCCUGAGCACAAAACUCUUGGGAAAACAUCAAGACGUCAAAUUAAAAUCCGUUACCAUAAUUCAUAGUGCGACAACCGAAACCGUUAGACUUCCACCGGAAGGAGAUGCCGGCCUCACGGUUCAUCCACAGGCUGUGAGAACUAAAUUACCUCUUCAUCGCAAAGUGCGAGAGAAAAAAUUACAUACCAAAGUAGUGUCGAAAAGAAAGAGUAAGAAAACCGAACCGGAAGAAGACAAUAAGAAAACGGAUUUAUUAAGUAAAAAUAUUAGAGAAUCUCAAGAGGGUAAAAAAUUGGAACUCUUAAAUAAAAGUAUUAAAGAAUUGGAAAAGAGUGUGAGUAAGAAACCUUCCAGCAAUGUUAAAAAGUUGGAACAACAAAAAAGAAUAGAAGUGCAAAAAACUAGUCAUGCACUCAUCGCGUCGUCGAAGGCUGUUUCAAAAUCAAGAGAGCAAAAGGGGGGGGGGAAAUCACCGGAAGACACCGGACGACAUCACAAAACCUCGAGAGAUAAACAUCACAUUGCAGAUCGUCAAAAGGUCAGUAAAAAGCAUCAAAAACCGGUCGUAGAAGAAACUUGCAAGGAAGUAGUAGUAAAAACAGAUGGAAAUUCAAAAUUGUUGCAAUCCGUCCCGGAACAGAAUAAAAAGGACGCGGAUUUAAAAACUAGUUCCGGUAACAACAAUUCCUCGUCGCACCCGGUUACACCCGAAGAGGAAGAAGAACCGAUUUACGAAAACAUUGACGGAGUGAGUGCGAAGGAUGUUUGCAUCGUUAACGAAGAGGUCGAACAAAAAACGAAGGGCAGUCGAAAUAAACGGUCCAGCAGAAUCCUAACGGAAAUUAAUGAACCGAAAUCAAAGGACGAUUCAGAUGAGAAAAAGAAAAAAAGUCCAACGAAAGUUGUGACGAAGAAAAGUUCACCUUCGAAAACGUCACCGAAAAAGAAAAAGAUGAAAACGGAAAUAAUUGAGUAUAAUAACGACGAGAGUCGGAUAAACGCCUCGACGAAAACCUCAGGGAUCCCCGCGGAAGAUCCUCUGGGAAAAGUACAAAACUGGUUACUUCAUUCUAUUUCGACGGGGAAAACGAGUGAAAAUUUCGGUAUAAUGACUUUGACUCUUCCGAAAUCGAAAUCGAGUCCUGUGGGAUUGUCGAACAAGUCAAAAACGGCGGAUCAUCAUUUGAAAAUAAUAAAUCAUCCGAAAAUAGUGCAUAAAAACGACAAAGUCGUACAGAUACCAAAACUAACGCAAAAAAGAUCGCGGAGCACGGGAAAUUUAAGAAAACCGGAUAAGAAAGAUGAGAAAAUAAAAUUGCAAGUGGUUUAUAAGCCUCCGUUUAAGUUUAGCGUGAAACUACGUAAGAACAGAGUUUUAAGCGCGAUCGGAACGAAAAUCCUCGAUGAAAAAACGACGAAUCAAACGACGACGACGAUGACGAGAAAACAAUCGAACAACAACAACAACAACAAUCACGUCGGAAACGGAAAUGAAAAAAUUCAAAGAGCGGCCGUUCUCGUGAGAACAUCCAGAAGACAUUCGAAACAAAAAUCGGAAAAUAAAAAAGGAAAACAUUCGUCGCCUCAAACGACGACGUCGUCAUCCUCUUCGCCGAACAAGGACAACAACAACGCGACGGAAAAUCCGUUCACUUUUCCAUCUGGUGUCGCACCCAUGACCGCACCCUCCAUAAAUUCUAAACAGCUUCCCAUUUAUCUGACAGAUCAAGCCGACAUUGAUUCGAACAUGCACACGGUUCCCUCGGAUUUGGACGUUUUGCUUUCCGAAAGUAAAUUUUUAUUUUCCGACCAGUAA